AUGGCCACCCAAACAGCCCAAGGUAUCUAUGCACUAGCGAGCAACUAUGGUGGCCUGAUUGCUCGACUAGUCUUACAGCCAAUCGAGGAAAUGUCCAGAAACUAUUUUGGGAAGCUCCUCUCUGUCGUUGACGGAAAGCCAACCAAGGGAGCUGCCGAGAAAGCCAGCACAGACUUGCACAGGCUUCUACGUAUAUAUCUUAUACUGUCAGUUGCCAUAGUUGCCGUAGGUCCAACUAUCGCCCCGCUUCUAUUGAACUUCAUUGCUGGCCCACGAUGGCAGUCGUCUGGAGCUGGCAAUGUUCUUGCAGUGUAUUGCUACUACAUACCAUUACUUGCACUAAAUGGAGUGUGCGAGGCUUUUGUAGCCGUUGUUGCAACCGAAGCCGAAGUUAAUAGGCAAUCUUUGUGGAUGUCUGCUUUCUCUGCCGGCUUUGGUGGUGCCGCUUAUCUGUUUUUAGGAAUUUUGGAUCUCGGGGCCGAAGGUCUAGUACUGGCAAAUAUGGCUAACAUGCUCUUACGGAUCAUAUGGUGCGGUCGUUUUAUUCUGACCUACUGCAGGCGCUAUGGCGCUAAAUUCACAGUUAAGGACUUGUUACCACGACCGAGCACAAUCUCACUUGGGGUUGUUACAUAUGCCGCACUUGCUCAAAUGAGAACGUCAUUCACGGGUGGUUUAGUGGACAUUAUCAAGAGUGGUUUGGUGGCAAUAAUUUUUGUGAUUCUCCUAGCCACGAGCGAGAAAGGAUAUCUCCUCGAAUGUUACCAUGCAAUUAAAGGCUGA